AUGCGUUGUUGCGUAGUUCCCAGAGGCUCAUUGGCAUCUAUAGGCUCACUGCGGGCUAUUUUGCUGGGGGCGGUCGGGUUUGACGGGGGCAACAGGAAUGAAACGCCACGAGGCAAAGUGUCCCAGCAAGAAGGCGACGAAACGAGAAGAGUCGCGGAGCUAAAGGUCGAGGAACUAGCAGCAGGCAUGGAGGCAGCAGGCAUGGAGGCAGCAGGCAUGGAGGCGGCAAGCACGGAGGCAGCAAGCAUGGAGGCAGCAAGCAUGGAGUGGCACGGGCCGGAGACCGAGUCUACGGAUGUCGCUUUGACUUUCGAUUCCUUUCCCUUGGACUAUCGUCCUUCAGUUUCGGGAGCUCUCGUCGAGCCUGUUCACGACUUAGGGCCUAGCGACAACUACUUCAACGAAUUAUUCGGCAUUGGGGCGGAUGGGGAAGAUAUUGCUGGGGACAAGGAUACUGCCUGGGACAAGGAUACUGCCUGCGACAAGGAUACUGUCUGCGACAAGGAUACUGCCUGCGACAAGGAUACUGCCUGGGACAAGGAUACUGCCUGGGACAAGGAUACUGCCUGGGACAAGGAUACUGCCUGGGACAAGGAUACUGCCUGGGACAAGGAUACUGCCUGGGACAAGGAUACUGCCUGCGACAAGGAUACUGUCUGCGACAAGGAUACUGCCUGCGACAAGGAUACUGCGUCUGGUAAUAAUGUUGCUUGCGAAAUGGAUAGCACUUUUGACCACUUGGGUAGGGACUUCGCCGCAGAUCUCGAGAUUGAGUCUGGCGGAUGGAAUGCCCGCAGUGAUGGGCAGCCGGGUGAUGGUGAGGAUCUUGUGUCGGACCAACCCACCGAGUCCGGGGUCGUCUCGGCCACAAGUCCUGUGUGCGGGUCGGCCACUGGACCGGCCGCGAUAAGUACGUGUUCGCGAGACGUGAGUCUAGUAGACAUGUGUCCAGUGGAGGUGAAUCCGGUGGAUAAGAGUUCUGUGAACGUGCGUCGGAUAAGCGCGGUAGAAGCGCGUGUGUCGCGGUUUGAAAUUGCUACAGCAGCGGAGGCGAAGCGGGUGUUAGAUCCUUGUUACUUAAUGUGGGCGUACGACAUGUUAAGGAAUGAGUGGGAGCAUCUGAUCCCAUUCGAUGCGAGUGGUUUGUCAGUAUUCGGAUUGGCGGGUAAGGCGAAGAUGUGGUCGGCGGCGGGACGGUCGAACGUGAUGUUGAAAAGUGGUUUAUAUAGGCCCGUAAUACGACGCCAAUGGAACCGGCAGCAUUUCGACAGUUGGCUGGAAGAAGGGUGUCCGCUUAACCGAUCGCCGAGUAACGUGAGUGACAAUCGCAUGGUUGCCGCAGAGCAAGCAGAACACGCCGUCGACGACAUCGUCCUUUGGUGGCCUAUGGGGAUCUACAGGAACGACUCCUUCCUCGGUCGAUUACGACGCUGGUGGGAUAAACGAGGAGGGCUCUUUCAACCAAAGCCGGGAGCACACACUUCGACUGGUCAAAAUUCCCCUGGUCAAAAUUCCCCUGGUCAAUGCAUCCAUGUAACGGAUUUGACACGGGCAGUGAUGGAGAGGCUCGGAAAUUUCAGAGUCCCGUUACACAAAGUGGCCAAAAUGCUUCGUAGGGAAAAGCGGAAAAAGGGAAUACGAGAACAAGCCAGGAUUCGACGAGAACAAGCCCAACUUCGGGGGGCGAGAGAAGACCCGGCGAGAACGAGGGAAGACCCGGAAGACCUGCACGAUGCCAUCCCGUCGAGCUUGGUUAACAAGUGGGGAGUCAAGUUCGAGAUAGCCAAGGAACACGAAGCUGGCCUCCAGAUCGAACCUCGAUAUUUGGUUUGGGCGUUCGACGUCCUGAACCAAGGCUGGUGGGCUGUCGUGCCCAAAAACAUGGCACCCUCUAAUUCUUCGGUGUUUGGCUUGGCCAAGGCCGCCGUCCAGUGGCUGGAAGCGGGUCACAGGAUACUCACUAUAACCGUAGGUUGCUAUCAAUGCGGUGAAGAUGGCAUCAACCACCGCAAUAGGAGCUGCGAGCGGUGUGAGACCUCAUGGAAUCCGGAGGAGUUCUGGGAGUGGCUGCGAUGCAGGCAUUUCUCCAUGAUUUUCGAUCAGCUACGUCCUACACUUGGAACUGACACGAUCCUGAGUCCGAAACUGCCGUGGAAUGAACUGACUUGUUCCUGGCGUCCUCCUAGACAUGAGUGGCAGAAGAUGAUCAACGACGUUGGAUUCGACAUACCACCUCGAAAGGCACUUCGAAGGUUCCUUGUGUCACCAUUCGAGUGCAAACUGAACACCUUCGCGAUCAAGGACUGUUCAUUCCGCUCUCGCGUCCAAUCAUGGUGGGGUGGCGCCAAUCAUCGGAGCCAAAAUAGUUCAGAGAAUGACGCUCUUGGUCGGUGGGAAUUUGAACGCUUACUUCUUUAUAGGCUAGGCAGUUUAGGUAUGAUCAACGACACAGCUGACAAUGAACCGCCUUCAAAACGAAUCUGUUUAGAAGCACCAGUACCUACCGCUAAUGUGCCACAAAUUAUGGAGGGCAGCAACCUAUCCUCGACAGCGCCUUUCGACAGCCGCUGGCCUGCUCUCGGGAACUCUACAGCACGCCACUCUGCCUGCACGGGGACUCCGGAAUUGUGUGCCCCGGCUGUCUCUCCUCACAUGGUUCCUCCUAUCGAAGUUUCUCCACCGGUUCCUCCUAUCGAAGUUUCUCCGCCGGUUCCUCCUAUCGAAGUUUCUCAACCGGUUCCUCCUAUCGAAGUUUCUCCGCCGGUUCCUCCUAUCGACGUUUCUCCACCAAUCGAGACUUCCAAAAGAUCUUGGUCGUCAAAACGUCGACCGCGGAAGCGAGAAGAUGGGUCCACGAACAGCUGGUCUAAGGAUCUCGGAUUUGGUUGUUCCGGGUCUGUUGUUGACUUGGUUCGGAAAGCUAACGGUUUUGAAAUCAUCACGGCAGAGGAGAAGCAGUUGACGAAGCAUGUGGAUAUUGGUGCACCGUAUUGGGUAUGGGCGUUUGAUGCUUUGAAUCAUAAUUGGUGUAGAUUGAUUCCGUUCGAUGUGAGUGGUUUAUCUGUAUUCGGUUUGGCUCAUCGCGCUUGGUGUUAUGAGAUGGAGCGUCGGAAGACUCCGUCGUUGGAGCCGAAUUUUACGUUCAUGGCGCGUUGUUACAAAAAAGAGAAAUAUCUGGAUUCUCCUUGGAAUGAGCAACGGUUCCGAGAGUGGUUGAGGCAAGAGCGGUCGGGUAGUGAUUCGGCAAAAGUUGGUCUUCGAGUUCGACGGAUGGCUUCACGAUUCAUUCCGCUUUCCAAGGUUGAGGCGGCGCUAGAUAGCCUGUUCCAGUUCUGGCCGACCGAAGAUUUUCUCAGCCGUUUCGCCGAUCGUAUUCGCCGGUGGGAAAAAUAUCACGGUGAUUGGUUCUGGGUUACUGGCCAUGAUACAACCUCGGAGUCCGUUACUUUACGGGAGUUUGACGGUCUGUUUAUCAAGAGACUCGGCGAGCUACAAGUCUCUGCCGACAAAAUUCCACAAGCCAUCCGUCGUGCAACGCGUAGAGCUAAAAUUAAGAAGGGACUGUUGCAACUUAGGACAAGCAUCUCUGCUUCCGAACUAGACUCCGUCCUCACUGCUGUGGCCGCUCUGGGUGACGUAAUCCCUCGCAAUCUCGUCGGCGUGUGGGGGAACACAUUUCGGAUCGUGAACCAAGGGGCUACGGACCAAGGGGCUACAGACCAAGGGGCUACAGACCAAGGGGCUACAGACCAAGGGGCUGCGAUGGAGGCCGCUUGGCGAAUCGAAGCCCGCUUCCUGGUCUGGGCAUACGACAUCCUGAACCAGUCCUGGUGGGGCGCCGUACCUCCUUCGCUUUUGGUUCCUGGGGUGUCUGUCUUUGGGCUCGCACAACGCGCACGCCAAUGGGUCGCAGCCGGCAAUCUGCUCUACACACUAUCUGCCAGCUGCUACACGUGCGGCGAGAAUACCGUCAACCAUAACGGCACCUCCCAGUGCGGACGUUGCGAGGAUCCCUGGAACGUGCAAGAGUUCUGGGAGUGGUUAAGAUCGCGACACCUCUUCACUCUCUACGACCGGCUCAAGAACGGCGCACACGCGUGGGCUGACCCUCAGCACUAUAACCUUCAGGAGUUUGAUCCCACUCGGCCGCAUCCUGCCGCCCUGUCUGAUCAGCCGAACUCAGAGCAGUUGACAAGAAUGGUCAAUGACAUCGGCUUCGACGUGCCACCACGAAAAGAAAUGAGGUAUAAUGUUUCUGUCUGGGACUACCCGAUUGACCAGUUCUUGCAGGGCAGCUGUAGCUACACUCUGCCCACUCGCAUCCGCUCUUGGUGGAGACAAGUCGGUCACGACCUGAACCUGUGCAACGAAGGACUCGAACGCUGGGAAUGCGAACGCCUAAUCGUCCACAGACUAAGUACCGAGAUGACCCAACGAUAA